AUGGGCAGGGGCGACGAGGACGGCGUGCCGGCGGGCGGCUACUCCGCCCUGUCGGGGGCGCCGGGAGAAGACCUUGGCGAGCAGCGCGUCUUCAACUAUGGCCGCCGCGAGCAUAGGGACAGGGGCUGGACAUACGCCUUCGCGGCCACGAUGCUGCUGCUUCUCGCAGGAGGCAUCGCGGUAGGGAGGGGCGUCAACAAGAGGUUCACGGAUGUGACCACGGAUGAGUACCUGUCGGACUACGCGAACUGCCCGGCGAAGGCGCCCGGCGGCCGCGGCCUGCUGCAGGAGGAGGAGGAGGAGAAGGAUGAUGGCGAGUUCUCGCUGCACAAGUUCACGCACGCCGUGUGGCCCUGGCUGGCUAUCACGCUGCUCGGCAGCCUGGCGCUGGGAUUGGGAUACGUGAAGAUGUUCGAGAAGCAUCCGAUGGGAAUGAUGAUCUUUGGAGCUGUCAUGCAAGUUGUCUUGCUUGCAAUUAUGGGCAUUGCAUCGUUCUCCUGGAACCCCUACAUUGGGAUCGUUUUGCUCUUGGUUGCUGGCGUUGCUGUGUGCAUCCACAUGUCAACGAAGCGCCACUUUGAGCUCUGUGCGCAGCUGUUCCACGUAGCAACCAAGGGCCUGAGGGCAAACCCCAGCAUCCUCCUGUUGGUCAUCGUGCUGUGGGUUGCCCUCGGAGUGGUUGCAUUUGUUGCUGUCGCACUCCUCGGCGUGGCGGCGAUGAACGGAAGCGUUGUGACAAACCCCAGCGUCGAUUCCCACAUGGGUCAGUCCUGCCUUGACAGCACCGGCACAAAGGUCGCAUGCUGUGUGUGGCAAGUCAAGGGUUGGGCUGCGCUGUACUCAGUAUUUGCUGUGCUGGCUUGCCUGUGGACCUUCUGCAUAAUCAUCGAGCUCAGAGUCUUUACUAUCGCGGGCACCAUCACGCAAUGGUACUUUCAGCCCCCUGGAACCAGCACCGAGGGAACACUCAAGAGGAGCUUGGGCCAUGGCUUGGGUGCCUCUUUUGGGAGCAUUGUGUUUGGUGGGAUGGUGCUCACCAUCCUGCAAAUCCUCCGUUUCCUCCUGCGCAUGGCAACCAACAACAGGAGCAGGAACAUGCUGGUCAUGUGCAUCUGCAUGGUCAUCAGAGCCAUCCUCAUGGCGAUCCUUGACAUCAUUGAGUUCCUGACACGAUUUGCCACCAUGUGGUGUGCCGUCAAGGGCGACGCUUUUAUUGAGUCGGGGCGACAAGCCACAGAUAUGCUGAAGCGCAAUUUCAUGGACACCACGUUCGUCUGGUGGUUCCCUUCGUGGGUGCUGCUGGGUGGCAACCUCGUCUUCAGCCUGGCGUGGGCGGGCAUCAUGUACCUGGUGGCGAUCAUUGGGGUGGCUCCUGGCUUGAAGGAAUACGCUUUGGCUUUCUUCAUCACCUCGUUGAUCACUGCGUACCUGGUGCUGUCCCUGACUGCCUCCAUCCUGCUCAACCUUGUGGAAACGGUCUACUUCUGCUAUGCCAUUGACAAGGACAACAGGGUUGUCAGCAACGAUGAGGUGCACGAGGUCUUCCAGAAGCUGCCUGCAAAGGUGGGCGUCUUGGUGGAGCAACCGGAGGGUGAUGUGAUGUACGCGGCACCUCAAGGCCAGGCGCCUCCGCCCGUGCUUCCCACUGUCUGA